UGUCGUGUCAACAAGAGGUAAACAAAGUGACAUGGUCAUCCCAGCCCGAUGAAAGCGACCGGUUUAUCGUUAUUUUUGACUCGAAAUGGAGACUAAAAUUGCGAUAGUGACUCUCUUCUGCGUCCAUCUUGUCUUUGAGACUGUACUAGCUGCUAACCAGAUCAAAGGACUCGACGAUGCUAUACUUUUUCGACUCACUUGGCCUGGAUCGGAAAACAGUCUGUUGGAGUCACCCGACUAUGAAAAACUUGUUAUGACAACGCCCAACAAUGAACAGUACCAGUGCCUCAUCCCAAUAAACUAUGGAGAUGAUGGGGAUGACUCGGAUAUCUACACAGGACCAAAUCCUCUGACGCUGUUGAUGCCGCUGUUUAAAAAGCAGACGUGCAACUUGUGGCUGGAGUCGUACUGGACCUAUGAGUUGUGCCAUGGCAUUCACCUGAAGCAGUACCGUGAGGAGCGAGAGGGCAAGUCACCCCGAAGGCAGGAAUACAUCCUAGGGAUCUUGUCCAUGGAAGAGCUACGUAUUGCAGAGGCCAAGCUGGAUGAGGAUCUGAAGGCUAACCCAAACCCAGUCAUCCCCACCACCAAGAUUGAAGGAAUGGACAUGCCCUACUUCAUGAUCAACUACACUGAUGGUACCAUUUGUGACCUUACGGGAAAGCCGCGCGUUAGUCACAUCCUUUUCGUGUGCUAUGAGAAAGGCCGUCAUGACAUUCACAGCAUCAAAGAGACGUUUACAUGUGAAUAUGAGAUUGUUGUGCUCUCGCCCAACAUCUGCCAGCAUCCUUUUUAUAGGCCUCGGGAACUUCCCCAGACAGACCUCCACUGCAUUCCAAUGUCAGGUGCUCCCAAGAGGCCGAGGAACCUCCGCAGGAUAGAAACUGAGAGCCUCAAGAUGCGCUCCAAUGGGGCUAUGCUAAGCGGAGUUUCAUCCAGUGGCUCCAUAAAACUCGAGGUAGUGGACGAUCCCGACCACCCCAGUAUAGCCUCCGUUACCCCUGAACCCCCUGCCAAGCUCUCCCUCUUCCCCCCUCAGCCAGCCAUUGACCAGAAGCUCGUGCAGGACUUCCUCAACGGCGAAUACUGCCUGCAUGGGGGUUCCGGGUGGUGGAAGUAUGAGUUCUGCUACGGCCGGAAAGUAGAGCAGUACCAUGAAGACCGCGAUGGAUCCAGGACCGUAAUCCUCUUGGGGCAAUUUGACUUAGAGGGCCAUCGUGCGUGGAUACUGAAG